CUUUCUCCCCAGCGCACUUUCCCCGCUCCCUUCCCCCCGAAGGAAGCCGGGUCGACGGGAGCUUUCCUUCGCCUUUCGUUAAACUCGGGUGGAAGAGUCGGGAAAGUCACGGACACCCGUUUUUAAAUCCGGCGGUUCUUUCUCUCCCUUCGCGUCGCCCGCCCGGGGUCACCGGAACCGAAACUCCGGCUUUUCGACCCGACCGUCGACGUACCUCCGCGCGCCGUUCCCGUUUUACGCGCAAAAUGAUACGUUUAUCAAACGCGACGCGUCGGAUCCUAGAACCGGAAACGAUUCUCCGUUUCGCGGACUCGUAUCCGGCGCGUUCGAUUCGUCGUCCGCCAGUCUCGGAGUCGGUUAAUUUCAUCAAAUCCUUGGUCGCACCGCCCGAUAACGUUCUUUAGGAUCGCUACCGGAAGAGAUCGACGGAAGAAUGAAAGAUUUCGGGCGGAAAGGAUCGGACGCCGGCCGGAGGACGAGCGCGUGGUAGGAAGACCCGGCAGCGCCUCGGCCGAGAUGUCGAGCAGCGUCAGUCUGGAGGCUUCGGUCUCGCCCACUCCCCCCUCGCACAAGAUGAACGGAGGUCUCCCGCAUCGAUCCGACCUGAACGUCGGGUCUCUGGGCGCCUCCAAGUACAGCCUGGGCACCGGCACUUUCGACGCCGGGCCCCCUCACGACGGCUCCUGCCGUCCCCUGCUGGACCUGUCCGUGGCCGGGCUUUAUCCCCCUCGCUGGACCGGAGGAAGACCGGGAUCGGGCGGCCGACCCGAAUCCGAGGAGGAGGAGGAACGGGGCGUGUACCGGACUCUGGCCUCGCUGGCCCUGCUGUGUCUGCUGUCUCUGCCCCUGUCUUUCCUGGCCCUCUUCUUCCUGCAGAGGGCCGGCCCGGCCCCUUCCCCGGACGGCGAGGAAGCCACCGUUUCGGGCCGUGACGGCGCCACCGUCCACCAGGUGUCGGUGGCCCUGGGUACCCUGACCGUGUGCCUGGAUCUGUGUUGCCUCUUCGUCUGCUGCCUGCAGUUCCUCUUCGCUCUCAAACUGCUGCAGACUCCGCGCGGAGUGGACAGGACGGACAGGUUCCUGAAGAGAAGUUCCCACACCCGUCUGCUGGCCAUCGGAGGCUUCUUCUUAUCCAUUCCCCUCUUCUUCACCGGCAUCAUCCUGUUCGGCUUCGUCCACUUCCAGGAGCUACCGGCGGCGGUGACGGGAGCGGCGGUGGGAGCGGGCAUCGUCUUCUGCGGGGUGGCCUCGGUUCACGACGUGUAUCUGUGGCAGGGACACAAGACCGACGCCAGUCGAGCCCUGAUCGAGAGUAGAUUGAGUCGAAUCAGAGAAGCCAGUCUCCCUCCCGAUUCGGGCCCGCACGUGGCCGAACUCUCCACUCUGGUCUGAACCGGCGUCGGAGGACGGAAAGACGUUUUAGUGACAUUUGUAAAUAGUCGUCGAAUAAAACCUUGUAAAUUUUGUCAUUUUUCAAUUCUGAAAUUAAAAGUUCCUUAUUGACGCGUCUAUACUCCGGAAACGAA